GGGGGGGUGGCAGGAGGAAAAGGAGGUGGUGGUGGUGGUAGGAAGACUCGCAGAUGUGGUGGUGCUGGGCGCGGAUGGGCGCGAUCAAGUGGUGCCCGCAACUGCAUCUGGGCACGUGCGUGUUGCUCUUCAUGGACGUGCUGGUGGAGACGAUCAAGGGCCAGUUGGCCCGGUUUGCGGACCUGGUGUCGUGUGCGUGGGCCUCGCGCGGCCGCACGCGCUCCACGUGGCACCUGGACCACUACCGUGGCACUGACAUACCAGAGGCCGUGGCUGGCUUUUACGUCUCUGCUGUGCAACUGCAAAAUGAAAUUGCCGAGGUCACAUCGGAGAUGGAGACGCUGGAACCAGCUGAGGAUACGAAGAACAACCUUCGUGCGAAGCAGCUGUCCAUCGGGCGGAAGAAGUUCAACAUGGACCCGAAAAAGGGGAUCGAGUGGUUGAUCAAUGAGGAGUUGAUUGAGAGUUCGCCGUUGGCCACG